CAGUGUUGCAGUGUCAACGUGAUGCUCAGUCCUUCGAAAUCUGAGAUUUGCAUUAUGCAAAAAAGGUGCUAUGUACUGAAACAAGGAGACAUGAGAAGCGAGUGAGUGACAAAUUUGGCUCGUGUACGAUGGGGAACCUGGUUACUGUGACCUCCUACAGAGCCUCAGAUGGAACCUGGGAUUAUGUUUGUCUGCACCCGUGUCUACAGUGUGACCCAUUUGGAGCCUUAUUCAAUCUGGGACAGGCCAGUCUGUCCAUCUGGGGAUGGUGGGGCCUGGGAAUCCUGCUUUUCCUCAUCACGUUCGGACCCUUUGCCAUAUUUUAUUUGGCGUUUUAUAUCUUCUGUUUUCUUGGCGGGGGCUUCGCUGUCACGCUUUUAUUUGGAAAGACGAAUUCUGAAAAACACCUAGAGAAAUGUGAACACUCCUACCUGCCCCCCACCCCAACAGGCAUAGCAAAGACUUUAGAGGAGCUGAAGCAGGAGACGAAGCCCAUAAAAAUCGACCGGCGUCUGACGGGAUCCAACUUCAUCGACGAGCCUCUGCAACAGGUGAUUCAGUUUGCUCUGAGGGACUACAUCCAGUACUGGUAUUACACGCUGAGUGAGGAUGAGUCCUUCCUGCUGGAGAUCAGACAGACGGUGCAGAACGCUCUCGUGCAGUUCUCCACGCGGUCCAAAGAGGUGGACUGGCAGCCUUAUUUCACCACCAGACUGGUGGAUGACUUCGCCACUCAUCUCCGUGUUUUCAGAAAGGCCCAGGAGAGGCUGAACGAGAGGGAGGAGCCUAAACAACGUGAAGCCCCAGAGGAGCUGCUGGAUGCGUUUUUUGAGACUGAGGUGGAGCUGGAGAGGAAGAUCUGCAGAGAUGUAGUGUGCACCUCCCAUAAAGAUGAAGAAGGGUUCCUGCGGGAUCUGUGUGAGGUGCUGCUGUAUCUCUUACUACCUCCUGGAGACUUCCACAACAAGAACAUGAGAUACUUCCUCAGGGAAAUUUUGGCGAGAGGAGUUCUGCUGCCAUUGAUUAACCAACUAAGUGAUCCUGAUUAUAUCAAUCAGUUUAUCAUCUGGAUGAUCCGAGACUCCAGCUGCAACUAUGAAGCCUUCAUGAACAUCCUGAAGCUGACCGACAAGCCAGCCGAGCUGGAGGCUGUCAAAGACAAAGUGCUGGAGGAGCUCCAGUACCUGCGCUCGCUAGAUACCGCAGGAGAUGAUAUAAACACUAUAAAGAAUCAGAUUAACAGUUUACUGUUUGUGAAAAAAGUCUGUGAAACAAGAAUACAAAGGCUACAAUCAGGAAAGGAAGUUGAUGCUGUGAAGCUAGCGGCAAAUUUUGGCAAAUUGUGUAUAAUCCCACUGGAUCAUAUCCUGGUGCACAACAUAGCACUUCAGUUUUUUAUGGACUACAUGCAGCAGGUGGGGGGUCAGGCGGAUCUGUUCUUCUGGCUGACGGUCGAGGGAUACCGGGUGACGGCACAGCAGCAGCUCGAGGUUCUACUGAGCUGGCAGAAGGACGGCAGGAAGCAGAGCGGGCAGACCAAGGGCCUGUUAAAAGCCGCUGCGCUCGGUGUCUAUGAGCAGUACCUCUCAGAGAAGGCAUCUCCCAGAGUGCAAGUGGAUCAGGCCUCUGUGGACAGACUCGCUGAGAAACUCAACAAAGAGGAUCCGACCCCGGAGAUUUUCGAUGACAUCCAGAGAAAGGUGUAUGAUAUGAUGUUGAAGGACGAACGGUUCUACCCGUCAUUUAAGCAGCACCCUCUGUACGUGCGCAUGCUGGCCGAGUUGGACAUGCUGAAGGAGCCGAGCUACCGGGGAUCAGACGAUGGAGACGCAGAGUCUUUUAAUGGAUCUCCAACUGGAAGCAUUAAUUUGUCUUUGGAUGACCUCGCGAACGCCACCACAGAUGAGUCUGUGCAACUACAUGCUUUUAUUUCUGAUACUGCUGAUGCUUCUCUAACCCACAUUCCCGUGCUAGGCGUGUGUAAUGACCACGGGAAGACCUACGCACUCUACGCCAUCACCGUCUUCCGUAAGAACCCAGACGGUAGUGAGGACGCCUGGAAGACCUACCGCCGCUAUAGCGACUUCCACGACUUCCACAUGCGCAUCACUGAACAGUUUGAGAACCUCAACUCGAUAUUAAAACUUCCUGGGAAGAAAACGUUCAACAACAUGGACAGGGACUUCCUGGAGAGAAGGAAAAAGGACCUGAAUGCUUAUUUGCAGCUGCUUCUGAAUCCAGAGAUGGUGAAAGCCUGUCCCAUGCUGAUACCUUACGUCCAUGACUUUCUGGAAAACAAGGCAUACAGCAAAGGCAAGGGCGACUUUGCACGAAAGAUGGACACCUUUGUGAACCCUCUGCGUAGCUCCAUGAGGAACAUGUCAAAUGCUGUGAAGUCACUUCCGGACAGCCUUGCUGAAGGAAUGACCAAAGUGUCGGACAACAUGGGGCGCAUGUCCGAGAGACUGGGCCAGGACAUCCGACAGUCCAUAUUCAAGGUGCCGCCCUUAAUUCCAAAGUCAGACAUCGACCCUGAGCACUGCCGAGUGUCUGCUCAGCUGGAUGAUAAUGUGGACGAUAACAUCCCACUGCGUGUGAUGCUGCUGCUGAUGGAUGAGGUGUUUGACCUGAAGGAGAGGAACCAGUGGCUCCGCAGGAACAUCAAGAACCUUCUACAGCAGCUCAUUAGAGCCACGUAUGGAGACACCAUCAACAGGAAAAUUGUGGAUCAUGUAGACUUCAUGACGUCUCCAGAACAAGUAGCUGACUACGUCAAGAGGUUUAGAGAUUCCUACUGGCCGAAUGGAAUCCUAGCAGAGACGCCACCACGCCGAGACAAGAGCAUCCGCAUGAGAACGAGAGUAGCAGCUAAGACUAACCUCCUGGGCAUCAUGCCAGACGAGCUGAAGCACAUCAUCGGGGCGGAAACCACACGCAAGGGCAUCCUCCGGGUCUUUGAAAUGUUCCAGCACCAGCAGCUGAACCGCCGCCUGGUCUACGUCUUCCUGGAGGGGUUUCUAGAAACCAUGUUCCCUCAGUACAAGUUCCCAGAGCUGUUCAUCAAGCUGCACUCACGCUCGCCCCGCAUCCGCACUUAUUCACAGAAAGUCCGCACCUUACAGAAGAGGUGACGCAGCGGCUCGGGCAGCAGGAAGUACCGCUCACAGAAGGGGAGGGACCGGCCCAUGGUGAGGCUGGAGAAAGACACAGGGUUGGGGGUGUGUGUGUGUGUAUGUGUGUAUCGGGGGGUGUGUGAGACAGAGAGAGAGAAAGAGCGUAUGAGGGGGGUGUGUGUAUGUGUAUGUGUGUGUGUGAGAGAGAGAGUGAGUAUGAGGGUGUGUGUGUGUGUGUGUGUGUGCGUGUGCGUGUGUGCGUGUGCGUGUGUGCGUGUGUGUGUGUGUGUGUGUGUGUGUGUGUGUGUGUGUGUGUGUGUGCGUGCACGCGUGUGCGCUUUGGAUCACACACCCCAGCCCUCUCAGUCCUUCCUGUUCUUAAGAGAAGCACUGUAUCCACACGGCUGUAGCGUAGAGGAUUCAUUUUAGCAUUGUGGAGCGUCACCACUAAGAUGCUGCAGUGCCUGACCUGUACCGUCAGCAUUUCAGUAUUUGUAUCUCAUUUUGUCUUUUUAUUAUUAUUAUUAUUAUUAUUAAUGUUGUUAUUAUUAUUAUUAUUAUUAUUUUGGGAGGAAGUUGCAAUGUGGGAUGAUUCCCUGUGGAUAAAACUUGUAUUUGAGUUUGCAAAGGUCGUUGAUGAGUCGACGUAAAGACGAAAUGAUUUUAAACAGUCUAGUGGACAAUGGAAGGAGGGAAAACUGACAAACGUGGCUCGUGCUGAGCCGCUUUUUAUCACAAGCAUAUCUGAGGAAAAGAUUGUUUUUAGGGUCGGAAGGUGGGUUUUAAUUGCACCAUACGUCACGUUUUAGCGAGUGAAAUCAUGUCGAAACCAUGUGAGUGAUUUAAUAACCAAAUAUACGUGCAGCACUGACACACAGGCCUUCUGAUUGAAGAGCGUUAAAAUAGCCGUCACAUAACCUCCUGCGAGUCAGAGUGCAUUUCAUACAAAGAAGAUUCAAGCAGGACACGCACACACACACACGUGCACACAAAAGUUUUGGCACCCUGCAGGACUCCAAGCAUACAGCACUAUGCGUUAAAGAAUGUAUCUGUCUCUGGCAAACCUGUCUGUACUUGUUCUUCAUAUUUUUCCACAGUUAACACACUGCACAUACAGGAUGUGUACAUGUUUUGAACACUAGUAGACUUGUAAAGACCCGUGUGUAGCAUUACGUUUAAGUCAGAAGCGUGUGCCAGUGCCAGUUAGGAAAUCAGCCUUAAUUCUCUACAACCAAACGAGACGUGUGCUUAGACGUAGCUUUCCUUAAACACAUCCACACGUUUUCAGAGACACGUUAAAGAUAUUCGGACCUAAUCACACUUUUAUUUGGAGAAUAUGUAAUUAAUCUUUUGUGCAAUAUUUUUUUUUCUUUGCAUGUGUUCAAAUAAUGGUAUAAAAAAAAUUCAGAUUUGAGAUAAUGAAAUAAUCCAAAAAUAUACAAAAAAAAAAAAUCAUCAGAAUACAUUCCGUCGUUGUAAAUGACUCGGCUUAUGUUAAAGACUUGUUUUAUAAGUCUGCGUUUGUUUUCUCUCGUCUCCCGGUGACCAUAGUGCUUCCUUGAUGAUGGAUUUCGUGCGUCCGUGCAUGGCUUAUUCACUCCAGGAGACGAAGCGUUAUAUUAAACCAGCGGAGGUCUGUACUGAUUAGGAGUUGUUUCUUUUGACACUCAUUUUUUUGGGGGUUAUUGGGUCAAAUCUGAUGAAUAUUGUACUGUAUACCGGAUCUCAAUCAUCGAAGUAACAAGUCGUGCUUCUCCUCUAGGCUUUACAGCAUGCAGGACGUGUGGCUUUGUAACCCACAGUCACAUGAUCUUUGCAUAUCGAUCAGCACAGUGAACCUGACUAGAGGUUCAUUCUAAUUUUUGAACUAAAUAGCACUUAAAUCGUACAGAUGAGGGUUUCUGAAUGCAUUUCUUUUUUUCCCCACACACACCAGGAAGUUUUUAAUCAUUCCUGAUUACUGUAAAAACUCACCAUGAAUUAUCUGCAGCCUUCUGUGAUCCGUUAAAUAGAUGUUACACGGCACUGUUUUAACGAGUUAACACACUCCACUUUCACCUAGAACCCGAGUAAAAGGUUCUCUGUGAUGCAGGACAGCUCAGUUCUGAUGUUUCUUUUGUGUUCAUUAAAUCCCCAUAUAUCUGAAUCUAUAAUUAUUACCUUGUACAUAUCAGUGUACAGUAUGUGUCAACAGUGUGCCUAAAUGUACUGUCAAUUAUAUUUUCUUAUUUUUCUUUAACAAACAAACAAAAAAAGAAGUGAAGCUGAAUGUUAUGGUCAGUUGACUGAAAAAAAAAGACUCUAAGUUGGUUUAGAGUGUUUGCAUCCUGCUUCCAAGAUACUCCUUUUGAGCAGCAGAACUCAGUAUAACACUAAUAAAACUUUGACUAACUCA